AUGGUGGUUCCAAAUGGCAGAACAACCGUCUGGACACGCCAGGAAAUUGCGGAAAGGAUCGUCCAAGGAGAGAACCUGGUCAUUUACCGCGGCCAGCUACUCAAAAUACCACAUUCAUGGCUACAAGCACACCCAGGAGGUGCAUUAGCCAUCUUACACUUUGUCGGCCGCGAUGCGACGGACGAAAUCGAGGCGUUUCACGCCGAGCCGACCAUGGCGAGCAAAGUCAAAAACUACCUUGUUGGGAGAGUUGAGUUGAAUAAAUCUGGCUCAUGGGAACCCCUCACGCCCCCUGUUGCCAAUGGAUGGAUGUAUCGUUCAAAGGAGGGAGCAUGGGUGCGCGAGGCCAACGUGCGCACGCAGGAACAUGACGGGUCGUUGCUCUCUUCCGAGAUUCUUCUCGUUGGUGUGGAUGCAAAGGAAAAAGGGAGCGCGCCGACGCUAGAGAGUCUUCAGGCUCCCCCACCUCCGCCUUCCAUCCGUCUUGACGAGCAAACGGAGCACUCUAAAUCCUAUCGCGAACUUCAUCAGAGGAUCAUAGACGCGGAUUUAUACCAAACGCCGUACUUGACCGGCUACGGUCCCGAGGUGGCCAGGUAUCUCCUCGGAGCCGCCCUGUCUGCUUUUGCGUUUAUGCAUGGGUGGUACAUGACCAGUGCCUUUUUCCUUGGCCUGGUAUGGCAUCAACUCACGUUUACGGCACACGACUUGGGGCAUAUGGGCGUUACCCACAACUGGGUUUUUGACCGGAUCAUUGGAACGUUUAUCGCCGACUUUUGUGGUGGGUUGAGUAUCGGGUGGUGGGUAGAUAACCAUAACAUUCAUCACCUUGUGACGAACCAUCCAACUCACGACCCAGAUAUCCAACACAUGCCUUUUUUUGCAAUCUCCAAGUCAUUCCUCAGCAAUCUUUAUUCCUCAUAUUAUCGCCGAAUCAUGGUCUUCGACGCGUUUGCCAACAUCGUCCUCAAGUUCCAACAUCAACUCUACUACAUCAUCAUGUCCUUUGCUCGCUUCAAUCUCUAUGCGAACUCUUAUGGAUUCCUAUACAAGCGCGCGUUUGACGGCAAGCGUGCACGAGGUGGAAAGUGGACAUUUUGGCUCGAGCUUACAUUUAUUGCGCUCUUUUGGACGUGGUAUAGCGCUCUUUUGGUGCACAUCGGCAAUUGGAAGCAAAUCCUCGGCUUUGUUCUGAUCAGCCAUAUGGUGCCUAGUCCUUUGCAUGUUCAGAUCGUACUCUCUCAUUUCUCUCGGUCAACUCAAGAUCUUGGGCCAUCCGAAUCAUUUGUCGCCCGUCAGCUUCGCACGACAACAGACGUUAUCUGUCCCGACUCGCUCGCAUUUGUUCACGGUGGUCUCCAUUUACAAGUCACGCACCAUCUAUUCCCGCGACUACCGCGACACAAUUUGCGCAAAGCAAGCAUGCUCGUCAAAGAAUUCUCAAAAGAGAGGGGACUAACAUACCACGAGUUUGGCUUCCUCAGGGGCAAUGGAGAAGUCCUUGGUGUGCUCAAGGAUGUGGCCGAGCAAGCCCGCAUCGUCGGAAUGGUGGCCAAUGAAGAGGUCAAAGAGGCAAUCGUGGGUAAUAAUUCCUGA